AUGACUUCAUCUAAUUCUAGCGAGGACUUGUUUCCUGCUCUGGAGUCGCUCUCCAGGUUAAUCGUGCCCCAUAUCAAGACUGCGAUAUUCGUCGCACUUGUUCUAAACCAAUUCACUAUUUUUCCAGACCUUAAUGUUAUUCUUUCACAAAUAUCGAGCCCAUUGAUUCUUAUCGUCGCCCUGUAUUUCGGUGGCAUUUGGACCCUUCCUAAUGGCCAAGACAGUACCAGCACCCUUUCUUGGAAGUUAUUGCUAGGACCCUUUUUUGACUUCAAGACGAUCUCCAGUCGGGUCGGGACAUACUUCAAAGUGGGCUCAUUGAUGUCUUUGGCUUACUACCUGACCCUCUACUACGACCUGCCUCUUCCCUUCCAACCAUGGGUUCAAUACAUGUUCGUCGGCAUCGCUGCCGCCGUGUCAGCCGCUGCAUACCUCUUUGCUCCCAUCAGCAAGAUUUAUGGACCUCUUCGCUUCUGCUACCUUGAACAUGCCCAGACAUACUGGCUCGUCGUCAACUGGUGGUCGCUAACAGCUGUCGUGCCCUUCUUCUCUCCAACUCUACUUCCAAUCUUUGGCUUCUGCCUCAUCAGUGUGACUGUUGGUACUUGGGUCCACAUCUACUUUGCAUACCGCGAGAAAGUCCGUACCAUCGCUUGGACCGUUUCCGAGAAUGCAGCCCGAGCAAAGGCUGCUGCUGAAGAGGCCCGAGACUUUGGUGCCAUGGCGAAAAAGUAUGAGGAGCAAAUGGUUAAUGCUGCAGCUGAGGCACGACGCGAUGCUGUUCUGUCGAACUCGGUUAGACUGACUGACUUCUUCGAUUGCGCAUCUCGUGCCUGGUCUGCUCUCGCUGAAGCUACGGCCCCAGCUGAAGAUGCAGUCACUCAGGCCCAAAGGGUCAUAGCGUCAGCUAUCAUCUGUGAAGAAACAGAAAAAGUCGAUGACAAGCAGAAAGCUGAAAAUGAGCGAUUAGCCACAUACUUCAGACAAUCUGCCGAAACUGCUCAUGAGCGCGCAAGAGAAACAGUCGCGCUCCUCCGCGCAGCCCAAGCUUCCGUCCGAGGUUCAGAGAAUGCAGCACGACAAGAUGAAGUCUCCCGUCGCCAUGCAGAGCAUACAGCUGAGAAUGCUUCUAACGCAGCCAAGUCUGUUAGUGACACAGUUGCAGCGAUUCAAGAUGCUGAGCGCAGAGCGGCAUGGGCUGGCGGUGCAGCUGCGAGAAGGGCUGAAGAGGCUGUGACUAUGGCGACGAAUGGUGAGAUUGAAGAGGCAAAGAAAGCGGUUGCUGCGUCUGAAUCAGCUUUUCAAGCUGCUGAGGAGUCGGCCAAGAUUGUUCGGGAGGGAAUGGAGGCUGCGCAGCGGGGGUUGCAAGAGUGGUUGCAAAGCAGUAGGCAUGGGGUUUAA